AUGCAUGACUUUACAGUCGGCUUGGUCGAUGGACAGUCGAAGCUGUUGCUGAUGCUGAGUAUCGUUGCCUUCGUGGAUGAGCUUGAAAUCAGUGAGGACGCCAUCAAUCAAUGCCCUAUGUUGUUGAAAACAUUUGAGAGCUUCCGGUACAUUCGCUGCGCAUACCAGCACUUUGAGAAUGCAGCCGGACAUUACCUCAACUCCUUGCUCAGGGCCCCGAUCCAUCUGGUGGAACUGGUCCACCAGCACUACGACCUAUACAAACAUGAAGAGUCGGGUUUGCCCAUCUCAGUGCUAAGCUUGGACUUCUGGGUGCCAGGCUGCUGGACCAGAAAAGAGAACCCGAAGUUCAAAGGCAAAGGCCAAUUCGAGACCAUUCUGACAACUACAGAGACUACAGCUGUCCUCUAUGCAACCAGGGCAACUCAGGAUAGGCGAUGUGCCUUCCAUUGUGUUCCUGGUGAGUCCCGGCAGAAAAUGGCGCAAUUGAGCGAAGAUGAACACAUCCACCUGCACGACAUUUGCUGCCUGUGGGUUUGGCUUCGUGCUGAACUUGAAGGGGCCUUUCCGUCCAACAUGGUGGACAAGUACACUGAUUUGUUUUACAAGGGGUAG